UGAGGGAAGCGGAGAAGAAAAUGUAGGGCUGGAUUUCAAAGCUGAAAUUUCUUAAAGGUGGAUAGAUAGAGACAUAGAUAGAUGGACGCGGGAAGAAAAUACCGAAAUGUUGUCUGAACACCAAACCGCGAAGCGAAGGAAGACGAUGCUGUGAGGAGGAAUCUCCUGCGAGGCUUCAAACCAUCUCGGCGCUCCGUCAGGGAGAGACGCGGACAACAAGAACCAAAGAAGGGUGGAAAAAUGUUAAAUGUUUGGUCGUGUCGUCUGCAAGUGCGACCCCGCAAAGCGCCGUCCCGUAGCAGCUGAAGAAAAAUGAGCAUGAAUUGAACGAAGAAUGCAUGUCGUUUGGGAUAUAUCUGUGAUUGUGCAAACAUAUAUCAUCUGCACGUCUUCAGCUCAGCCUAUUACAUCCAAGCUUAAUGAGGGUUGGUGGGCGUAUAAGGAUGUUGUCCAGGGAAGCUUUGUUCCAGUCCCAUCCUUCUGGGGUCUGGUGAACUCAGCCUGGAACCUGUGCGCCAUAGGGAAGAGGCAGUCGCCCAUCGACAUCGAGACCAGUCACAUGAUCUUUGACCCCUACCUGACUCCCCUGAGGCUCAACACAGGAGGACGCAGGAUGGGAGGCACCAUGUACAACACGGGGAAGCAUGUGUCCCUGCGGCCCGACAAAGCCCACCUGGUAAACAUCUCAGGGGGCCCGCUGGGUUACAGCUACAGGCUGGAGGAAGUCCGCCUCCACUUUGGGAGCGAAGACUCCCAGGGUUCAGAGCACCUCCUCAACGGACAGGGCUUUCCUGGAGAGGUCCAGCUGAUCCAUUAUAACCAGGACCUGUAUGCCAACUACACUGAAGCAGCUAAGAGUCCUCAUGGCAUCGCUGUGGUCUCCAUUUUCAUAAAGCUCUCUGAAAACUCCAACGCCUUCCUCAACCGCAUGCUCAAUAGAGACACCAUCACCAGAAUCAACUACAAACAUGAUGCGUUCCUAUUGAUGGGCCUAAACAUAGCCGACCUUUACCCUGACACCACGCGCUACAUCACCUACGAGGGCUCCAUCACCAUCCCUCCCUGCUAUGAGACGUCCACGUGGAUACUCAUCAACAAGCCGGUCUACGUGACACAGAUGCAGAUGCACUCCCUGCGCCUCCUCAGCCAGAACGAGCCCUACAAAAUCUUCAUGAGUAUGAGUGACAACACCCGGCCCACCCAGCCUCUGCUGCAGCGCUGCAUCCGAACCAACAUCAACUUCAGCAAGCAGGGCCGUGACUGCCCGAACAACCGUGCCCUCCGCCCACAGUACAGAGUGAAUCAGUGGCUCCUAAAGUAGAAGAUAAAAAGACGUCAAACUGCAGCUCCAGGAGAGGAGAGGCGAGGCAGGAUUCAUUCGCGUCUAUUUCACAGAACUGAGCUGAGCUGAACAAACUGGAGAUGAACUGAGUCUUCUGAUUGACUUGAACUGAAUGGAAAGCGAAAGAGCUGCACUUCACCAAAUACAGCUUAACUAAACUGAUCUCAGCUAAACUCAGCUGACCGAACUCAAAACUAUCGGCUGUGCUGGCCUCCUACACAUCCGCAAUCUAAACACAACUCGUGCAGCACAUUGUGGGUACAGAUCAGACUGUGUGAAAUAGACCAUAAGGACUCUCCUGUCACUGUACUGUGUUUUUAUUUAUUGUGUUAACUCACAAAGACUGGACAUAUAAGGACUCUUAAUCAUUUUCUUUAACUGGUUUUCAGAGGGAUGGAUGUUACCUAAAGACUGUGAGUGUGCUGUUCAGCAGUGAUCUUCCUUUGUCCAAAUUGAAAUCCUGGCUGCAGAAGUCAAUUAAGAAAAUUACUAUCCAUUGACUGGAGGAAUUAUUAAAUUUCCAUUGAUGGUCUGAACCCCUGGCAACAAAGAAACACUCAGCUGUGGUAUGAUGUGAGACAUAAAAAUCUUAAGGUUCUGAUACCAAUUAGUAACUGAAGGAGGUAAUUUUCAAAGAAGGUGUGAAUUUCAGGGGACAUAGCUAAAGGGAGAAGUCUGACAUUAUACAGACCUGAACAGAUGGAGCCACUGGAGAUCAUAAAGAGAUAGGUCACUCAUUUUGCAUGAUUUUACAAAAGCUCACUUAAGUAUUGAAAAAGCAGCGACAGAAUUCACCUUGCAUCAGGUCAGCAACAUAAAUGGCAGACCUUCCCGCUGCAACUUGAAGAGCUAACAGAUACACCAAAAAUGAGAAUUGAUUAUACUAAAGGCCUAAUUCUACAAAACCAACCAUGACCAUAUUGACCGUUUGCUAACUCCAUCCUCCGAACAGUGAUUGUCCAAUCAUAGCUUAGCAACCAUAACUAGGAUUGGAUUCUCUCCACAUGUUGAAGCACUGUGCGUGGAGUAAUACUCAAUAUCUAAAGAGUUUGAGAGGUGGGGGGUCUUUUUCUUUUUCUUGGCUUGGGUAAGUGUACACUUCAGCACCUCCAGCCAAACUUGCAUUAUAUAGUGUUACAAGGUUUUAAGUGUUAUGGCGCUACCGUCAGCUUAAGUAGCCAGCUAGCUAUGGCUGAUAAAACCUGCAGCAACAGUUGUCAUUUCAGCCGACAAAAUCACCGGUUAGAAACGAGAAGCGGCUUUUGUUUACAUCAGUGCCAAAUCAAAGAACCAUUGUUCCAAAAAUUGCUGCAAAUUUAGAUUUUGAUAAUCUUUUACUGUUAUUAUUGUAAACUGCAUAUGUGCUGUGCUUGACAGGUGUAGCAACAGUAACUAUGGGGGGCUUAGUGAACGGUCAGUUGACAUUAAAUGGUGAGUCAGAUUUAACCGGAUGAAGUAAGUUUCUCAAUAACCUGAUGUUAAUGUCAGUAACAACAGACAAUAUGCUACAGUAUAAUUCAAGAGUCUCUUUUCAAAAUAAGAUUUGCACUACUUAAAAUCAUGGUCAUAAUUAAAAGUACAAUUGCUGAAAGGAAAUAUCAGUAUUAUUGAUCAUGAUAUUAUUAUAGUAACAAAUGUUCUUCAAAUUCUGCUCAAAUCAAUCAUACAAUAUCAAGAUAUAAAAAUCAGUUUCUCCCAGACACAGAAUAUGUGGGCCUCUGGUCAGGUCUCAGUUAGGGACUGAGUGGACCUGUGAAGACCUCUAGUCCACAAUGAGCAUUUGGAAUUUCAAAACUCUUAAGUUGAGAAAAGGGUGACCUUCAGUGUGCAUAUUAUGGAUGGACAUCAUGGAUCAUUAGCUUGUCUGAUUGUUUUUUUCAAUUUGCUGUGAUGUUGUAUCUCAUGAAGGGAACAAAGCUGGUUCUUUUUCUUUGAUUUUCAAAAUGUAACUGUAAUAAAUAGA